AUGCAACUACUAACGACUGACGGCCUUGUUACCCGCGGUGGAGCACUGCAGAGCUCCCAGAAUCUCGAAGGGACUGAUCCUGUGGCCGUCGUGGGUUUUUCUUUGAGAUUCCCUCAGGAUGCCACCUCCCCGCAAUCCUUCUGGAAAAUCCUUCAAGAAGGACGAUCCGUCACAACUGAAGUUCCCCCUGACCGAUUCAAUAUAAAUGGCUUCUACCACCCAGAUGCGUCUCGGAAUGACACAGUAAACGCGCGGGGCGGUCAUUUCUUGAAAGAGAAUGUGGCAGCCUUUGACGCACCGUUCUUCUCCAUGAGUCCCGGUGAGGUGGAAAGCUUGGAUCCUCAGCAACGGGGUCUUCUGGAAACAACGUACAGAGCCCUCGAGAAUGCUGGCAUUCCCGUCGAAAGAGCAGCGGGCUCCGCCACCUCCGUGUAUGUCGGGGCACUGGGAGUGGAGUACAACCGAUUCUUCGAAUUUGACGAAGAGGUCCAGGCCACGUACAAGGCUACCGGCAACUCGGGAGCCAUCUUAGCCAACCGGCUGAGUUGGUUCUACGAUCUGCGGGGCCCGAGUAUGACCAUUGAGACAGCUUGCUCUAGCAGCUUGAUUGGCCUGCAUCUUGCGUGUCAGAGCCUGCGAUCGAAGGAGUCGCGAAUGAGUUUGGUAUGCGGUUCACAGCUCUAUCUUGAACCGAUGACAAGCGCGAUCUCUCUCUCCGCUUUGCAAUUCAUCUCUCCUGACAGUCGCUGUCACAGCUUCGGAGCUGAUGGUAACGGCUAUGCCAAGGGCGAAGGGUUCGGCGUUCUGGUACUCAAGCGGCUGAGUGAUGCUAUAGCUGAUGGCGAUGUAAUUCGGGCGGUGGUCCGGGCUACUGCGACGAACCAAGAUGGCCGCACCCCCGGUAUCUCUCAGCCAAGUCAGGCAGCACAGGAGAAGUUGAUCCGGGAGGCGUACCGUUCGGGUGGUUUGGAUCUCGCCUCAACCCGAUUGUUUGAGGCCCAUGGCCCGGGAACAAAAUUGGGUGACCCCAUUGAAGCAGGUGCUAUCAAAUCAGUCUUCCAGAAACAUCGCAGCCCGGACGAUCCGAUGCACAUUGGUGCAGUCAAGGCCAACAUCGGCCAUUUAGAAGCGACAGCUGGUCUCGCGGGAUUGAUAAAGACAAUCCUGAGUCUGGAGAAAGGCAUCAUUCCCCCGAUAGCGGGGCUGAAAGAGGUCAACCCUCGCAUUCCAGCUGAUGAAUGGAAUCUAAAGUUUCCGACGAAGCCGCUUCCAUGGCCCACUGAUGGCCUGCGGCGAGCGUCGGUCAACGCAUUUGGCUAUGGCGGAUCGAAUGCCCACGCUGUCCUGGAUGACGCAUACAACUACCUGCGGGAGCAUGGCCUCGAAGCACACCACAUCACUGUCAAAAGACCGCCCACCCUCGCCAUCCUGGAGAAUGGUGUGGCCAAUGGCAUUGCCAAUGACCACAGUAACGGCCAUACCAAUGGCCACGCUAACGGUUACACGAACGGUCAUGCAAAUGCUCAUACAAAGGGAGACCCAAAUGGCAACGCAACCAAUGACUAUAAUAGCCAUAAUAGAAAUGGUGCGACAGUGUCUAACGGUACCUCGCAUGAGGAGCCGGAGGAGACCCAAUACGUUUUCACCUGGUCUGCCUCUGAUUCAAACGGAAUUGAGCGACUCGGAGCAGCAUAUGAAAAUUACCUAAGUCUAAUCGAACCUCAAGAUGUCUCAGAAGAGUUUCUGCGGGACCUGGCCUACACCUUAUCCAACAAACGAAGUGUUCUGCCAUGGAAGACUUUCGCGUUGGCGGGAAACCUGGAAAGUCUCAAGACGCAGGUACAAACUCUGCCAAAGCCCGUGCGAUCGUCCACAAGUCCGCGGAUAAACUUUGUCUUUACAGGCCAAGGUGCGCAGUGGGCUCGAAUGGGGAUUGAGCUUUUGAAGUUCGAGACUUUCCGGCAAAGCAUUCUAAAGGCGGACUCCUAUCUGAAAGGACUCGGGAACUCCUGGUCGCUGAUCGAAGAGCUUCAUAAACCUGCAGAUUCUUCUCAGAUUGAUAGCCCGGCGUUAGCACAGCCGCUAUGUACAGCUCUGCAGGUAGCACUGGUGGAGCUCCUCGAAGGAUGGGGAGUGGUUCCCUGGGGCGUGGUGGGCCAUUCGUCGGGAGAGAUUGCUGCUGCAUUUUGCGCAGGAGCAAUUUCUCGUGAAUCAGCAUGGACAAUUGCCUAUUUCCGUGGAGCACUGGCUGCUCGGGUAGCAGAGUCUAAAACUGGCGAACGUGGAGCUAUGAUGGCUGUUGGCCUAACUGCCUCUGAACUCCAGCCUCAUAUAGAUGAGAUCUCGGCCGUCCAUGGUCAACAAUGCCUGUCAAUUGGUUGCAUCAACAGCGCCAACAAUAUAACCGCGACAGGGUUGGAUAAGUCUAUCGACGUCCUCAAGGUCCGCCUAGAUGAGAAGAAGGUGUUUGCCCGCAAGUUGAAAAUUCCAGUUGCCUACCAUUCUUCUCACAUGCAAGUGAUUGCUGAAGAAUACAAGAGCCUUUUGCAGGGUAUUUGCCAACCAAGGCAGUCUCCUCGGAAAGGCGAAGCACCUGUUUUUUGCUCAUCAAUCACAGGACAACCUGUCCCAGUCAAACAGCUCUCUCUGCCCCAAUACUGGGUCAAGAACCUUGUGUCGACUGUCAGGUUUUCCGAAGCUCUUGGACAAUUGUCCCAAGCCAGCCGCAAUUCGGGGUCUAACACGCAAGUGGAUCACUAUGUUGAGAUCGGCCCACAUGCAGCUAUGCAAAGAGCGGUCAUGGACAAUGUGCCUCAAUCUGAAAACGUCAAAUAUGACUCAGCGAUGCGGCGAGGUGUCUCAGGACUGAAAUCCUUGCAGCAGCUCUCCGGAAAGCUUUGGACCGAGGGAUACCCAGUCAGAAUUGAAGCUGUCAACAGCUAUGGGUCGAACCGAUCGGCGAAAAUGGUAGUAGAUCUACCAGAGUACCCCUUCAACCAUUCACAGACAUACUGGCUCGAGAGUCGACUGUUCAAGAAUUACAGAACUCGCGACAAUAUUCGACACGAGCUAGUCGGCAUUCCCACGAAUGACUGGAAUCCGCUUGAGCCGAAGUUUCGCUUCACCAUCCGGGUAUCCGACCUUCCAUGGCUCACGGACCAUCGGUUGAAUGGAUCCCCGGUCUAUCCUGCUGCGGGAAUGGCAGUUAUGGCUAUAGAGGCUGCGAGGCAUCUAGCCAAGCCAGGUCAUGCAGUUAGAGGAUACCGCCUGCGAAACGUAAGGAUCUUCUCUGCUUUAGUCGUCCCUGAGACUCCUGAAGGGGUAGAAAGCCAGAUCUUCCUGCGUAAUGCAGAGAAUAGUCGAACCACUGGUGUUCAGACAAUUGAAUGCAGAGAGUUCAAUGUAUAUGUGUACUCAGACAAUGAAUGGCGGGAAGUCUGCGCUGGAUCUGUCGUGACGGAAUAUGAAGAGACGCCCGACGAAGUGUACGGAGCAGACGAGCGAAGCCUGACAAAGGACUAUUAUCAGUCGAUGUACCAACAAGCCCUUGACCGCUGUUCAGCGACGAGUACUCAGCAGGUUUUCUAUGAUGCUGGUCACAAGAUCGGGUAUGGUUUUGGUCCCCUAUUCAAUACUCUCCACGACCUAGCCUACGAUCCGGAAGGGGACCAAGCUGUGGCCGUCGUUAAACCUGAUGAGUGGAGAGGUAAAGUUCCCGAGAAGAACUCUCAGGUUCAGCCGCAUAUCAUUCACCCCACAGCCUUGGACGGGGUGUUCCAAGUUACGGCAGUGGCGACCACCAAAGGUGGAACACAGCUUGGUCCAUUACAGGCACCGACUCAAUUGCGAGACUUCUGGAUCUCACAUGAUCUCAUCGAGCGCAAACCAUCCACAAAGUUGAAUAUUCUGGCGCAGACGACGCUGCAAGCAGCUCGAGAAACCGACUCGUUCAUUCUUGCCAUCAAUUCGGAGACGGGAGAACCAGCCAUUGUGAUAGACGGCUAUCGGGUGACAACUGUGUCCAGCCUUAGCUACAAGCCAUCCGAGAAACGCAACAUCUUUUACAGGCUUGAUUGGAAGCCUGAUGUUGACCUUAUUAGUAGCUCACAGACAGAGACUUACUGCUUGGACAAGGAGACAAUGCCCGUGGAAUGGAAGCCUUCCAAAAAUGUGGUGACACUGCACUACAUGUCGGAAAUGUUGAAGGAGCUGGACGCCCAAGGCUACGAGACUACCUCCCCAUACUUCCAGAGAUACUUGGCCUGGGUGCGGUACCAUUUCGAUCUUCUGGGUGAGAGCAACCCUCUCCUUCAAUCACCAUGGAAAGAUACAUUCGCGGAUGACAGUCGCCGCAUGCAGUACUUGGCGGAUUUCGCAGCAACAGGCCCGGUUGAGGGUGCGGUUAACUCGUUCUGCAAGCACCUCGCCGCGAUUGUCCGCGAAGAAGUGGAUCCGUUAGACCUCCUGUUCAAUCAAGGCUUGGCGAAAGACCUGUACAAGGACGAGAUCUUCGUAAUCACCGCCAAGCGGAUGGCGGUGUUCAUGGAUCUCCUUGCGCACAAGAAUUCCAAGCUUGAUAUCCUUGAGAUCGGUGCUGGUACUGGAAGUGGUACCCAACAAAUUCUGUCGGCCUUGGGCAAACAGGGUAACGACAAAGGCGUGACUCCCAGAUACCAAUCCUACACCUUCACCGAUAUUUCUCCCGGGUUCUUUGAAAAGGCCAAGGCUAAGUUUUCCGAUCAUGUUGAUCGCAUGACUUUCCAGACACUGGAUAUCGAGCGAGACCCAGCUGCACAGGGAUUCACACCGGGUGGAUACGAUGUCGUGAUUGCUGCCACUGUGCUGCAUGCUACACAAAGUGUCAGUGAUACUCUGAGUCAUGCCCGCUCCUUACUGAAGCCAGGCGGCUACAUCAUCCUCAUGGAACCAACCAACAAACAUGACACAGUGCUAAAUGGCAUUUGGGGAACACUUCCAGGAUGGUGGAGAUCAACGGAGGAGGACCGGAAGUGGUGCCCACUGUAUUCUCGGGAUGAAUGGGAUUAUUACCUAAAACAGACCGGAUACACUGGGGUGGAAAUGGCAAUCACUGACUUCCCAGAUGCCGAGAACCAUACCCUCAGCUUCCUCCUCUCUCGAGCAUCUCAUGAGGAAUCAAACCAGCUUCAACUUCCGGAGUCGCUCUUUAUUGCUGCCGAAACUGAGUUUCAGCUCAAGGUUGCGGGAGAAAUUGCUUCCUACAUCUCCUCUACGUUCGGGAAGAAAUGCGACAUCCUCACGCCUGAUGCUAUCUCCGAGCAAAUUUCACAGUCGAAUGUUUGUCUCUCACUGCUUGACCUGGGGCGCCCAUUCCUAGCGGCAAUGAGUGGGAAAGAUUUUGCUCGCUUCAAGAGACUUGUGGACUUCUCAAGUCACAUCUACUGGAUAACGUCCGGUGCAGAUGGAAACGCUCCCCUGCCAGAAAACGCAAUGAGUUCCGGAUUUAGCCGAGCGGCCAUGCUUGAGAAGCCUGGUCUCUACUGGGCCAAUUUGGACAUUCAAGACAUAGCCUGCGCAGGCAAAGCAAUUUCGAGGGUUCUUCAGCGCUCAUAUGGGGUGUCUGGAGUUGAAAAUUGGGAGGGUGAUUAUCUUGAGGCCAGCGACGUGACACUCAUCCCUCGAGUGGUAGAAGCCAAUGAUAUCAAUGAUUAUGUAUAUUCUCAGACUGGCAACCGGGACAUCGAGCGAAGGCAGCUUGGAAGGGAGCCAUCUGAGGCUCUAGAAAUUCAAUUUUCUCCUGGGCAGCUUGGCAGUUUCCGGUACGCCAGGGAUGAAACUCCAAGUAAGCCCCUCUCGGAAGACGAGGUGGAGGUGGCAGUCAAGGCCACGGGAGUCAACUUUGCCGACGUGAUGUGCGUACUUGGACAGAUCACAGACUCUUACAUUGGACAUGAGUAUGGGGGUGUGGUCCGCCGAGUUGGUUCAGCAGUGAAAGAUCUGGCCCCCGGGGAUCGCGUUUGCGGUAUGGCAUCUGGGACAUUCAAGACGUUCGUCCGGAACAAAGUCCACACCACCAUUCCUAUUCCGGAUCAUAUCGCAUUCACCGAUGCCUUCCCAGCGGUGUGGCUGACAGCGCUGUACGGUAUCACGCACCUGGGCCGCCUUCGUAAAGGCGAGUCUGUACUCAUACACGCAGCCGCGGGCGCUGUCGGACAGGCUGCCAUCCAGCUGGCACAGAAUAUUGGGGCGGAUGUAUUUGUGACGGUGAGUUCGUCGGUCAAGAAGAAUCUUCUGCAAGAGCGUUACGGAAUCCCUGGCGACCGUUUCUUCUCUAGCCGCAAAUUGGCAUUUGGGAAGCAGAUCCUGCGCGCAACCAACGGUCGCGGUGUCGAUGUCGUCCUCAACUCAAGCUCAGGUGAGGCGCUCGCAGAGACCUGGAGGUGUGUCGCGCCUUUGGGACGGUUCGUUGAGAUUGGAAAGCGAGACAUCUACUCUUUCCAGAAGCUUGCCAUGUAUCAAUUCUCCAAGAACGUCACAUUCUCAUCGCUCGACCUACAGACAGUAUACAAGAACCAUCCGUCAGUUAUUAAACAAUUGAUGGAUGAGCUACAUGAGCUGCUUUUUGCAAAGAAACUGGGUCCUCCUCACCCGGUAACACAGUUUUCGCGCGGAGAAUUUGAGUCGGCCUUUCGCUACCUCCAGACGGGCCGUCAUAUGGGCAAGGCAGUCAUCAAUUGGGAGGAAGAGGCUGAAGUCUCGGUAGUUCCCAGUAAUGAUCCGGAAUAUGUCUUCAACUCUCAGGCCAGUUAUAUCAUUGCUGGUGGGCUGGGCGGUAUCGGCCGGAGUCUCUCGAGGUGGCUUUCCACUCGAGGGGUCAAGCAUUUGAUCUUACUGUCUCGCUCGGGCGCAGUUUCUGAUGAUGCUAUUGAGCUAGUCAAUGAGCUUACAGAAAGAGGUGUCAACGUUAUCACUCCCAAGUGCGACGUCAGCAACGCGGAUUCUCUGGCAAGCGCACUCAGUGAUUGCGAGCGGACAAUGCCCCGAGUCAAGGGAGUCAUCCAGGCCUCCAUGGUACUCAAGGACCGAUUGUUUGACAACAUGUCUCUGGCUGAAUGGCAGGCAGUGCUCGACCCCAAGGUUGCUGGAACAUGGAACCUUCAUCACCAUCUUCCAGCUGACAUGGACUUUUUCGUCAUCUUGUCGUCUCUGGGAGGUAUGAUUGGAUCGAGAGGCCAGUCCCAGUACAAUGCCGCUGCGACAUUCCAGGAUGCAUUUGCUCGCCAUAGAUGGGCACACGGCCAGAAGUGCAUAUCUAUUGAUGUCGGACUACUCACGUCCGUCGGGUACGUAGCGGAACAAAAGGAUGUGUCAGAGAGAUGGGUCAACGCCGGUUUCGAUGCCCUUUCCGAGAAGGAGCUUCACAGUGUUGUUGACUGGGCCUGCAAUCCUCGCCUGAACGUGUCAUCAGGAUGGGAGACUCAGGUCCUCACAGCCCUCAACCGGCCCAUGGCCAUGAUCAAGCAAGGCAAAGAACUGCUGCCUUACAUGAAGCGGACCAUGUACCGACAUCUGCACCGGAUGGACCAGAGCACCACUGCGUCCGCCCCUACCUCUGCUCAGGCUGUAGACUACGGGGCUCUGCUCGGGGAUGCUGGUAAUGUAGAAGAAGCAGGGGCCAUUAUUGCCACGGCUCUGGCUCAGAGACUCUCGCAAGCUCUCUCAGUACCGGAGGAGGAUGUUGAUAUCAAUAGGCCUGCUCAUUCCUUCGGUGUGGACUCGCUGGUGGCCGUCGAGCUGCGGUUCUGGUUCGCGAAUGAGAUGAAGGCUGAGCUCUCGGUCUUCAAUAUUUUGGCGGACUGUAGCAUUCGGGAGUUGGGUCAGCAAGCGGCUGGCAAGAGUCAUUAUGUGCAGAAGAGGCAGGAGAACUAAGAAUACCUGUCAUUUGUAAUUUAGUAUAUGGUCGUUAGAUUACAUCAAAU